AUGGAUGUUACUCGUGUCGGCACCCUCAAAGGCACUGAUAAGUUCGGCAACAAGUACUAUGAAGAUAAUUCAUAUUUUGUGCCACGCAACAGAUGGGUAGAGUAUCCAGAAAAGGUGUGGCUCGACUAUGACGCAACACAAAUUCCUCCAGAAUGGCACCGUUGGCUUCAUCACAUAACUGACCAAACUCCCGAAGAAAAACCCCUUAAAACCGAGAAGUGGGUUUUGCAACACGAGGAGAAUCUUUCAAUCUUUGAGGACAAGAAGUACAUCCCUUAUUCGACAACUCGCACAAAAAUACAGGGAUGGCAGCCUGGCCAAAAGAAACAAGAAUAA